ACCCUCUCGGGUCUCCGUCUCUCUCCAACACUGAGCCGGCGAAGCCCAUCGCCGUUUGCACCACCCCCACCGCCGGAGAGUAAUGAAGCUUCUUUCGUUUGCCAGAAGCGUUCAUUCUCUCCAUUGCAUAGUAAUCUCACACCGAAGAGUUCCAAUCGCUUCUUACUUUACUGAUUUUGUGAAUCACGUGAACUCAUCAACUAGCACGACGAACUUUUCGUUUGUUUUCAAGGAAUGUGCGAAGCAAGGAGCACUAGAGCUAGGAAAGCAAGCUUAUGCUCAUAUGAUAUUGUCUGGGUUUCGACCCACUACGUACGUCUUGAAUUGUCUGCUUCAAAUGUACACAAACUCUAGAGAUUUGGUGUCUGCUUGUAUGUUAUUCGACAGAAUGCCUCUGAGAGAUGUUGUUUCUUGGAACACAAUGAUAAAUGGGUACGCGAAAAGUAAAGACAUGGUUAAAGCGAGUUCUUUCUUCGAUAUGAUGCCCGAGAGAGACGUUGUGUCAUGGAACUCAAUGCUUUCCGCGUAUCUGCAAAACGGUCAGAGUUUGAAAUCUGUUGAGGUCUUCCUUGACAUGGGGAGAGCAGGUGUUGAGUUUGACGGUAGAACUUUUGCCGUCAUGCUGAAAGUUUGUUCCUUUUUAGAGGAACACAGUUUAGGAAUGCAGAUUCAUGGGAUUAUUAUACGAGUGGGUUAUGAUAAUGAUGUGGUUGCUGCAAGUGCGUUGUUGGAUAUGUAUGCGAAAUGCAAGAGAUUUGAUGAGUCGCUUAGAGUGUUUCGUGGUAUUCCAGAGAAGAACUCCGUCUCUUGGAGUGCUAUUAUCGCGGGUUGUGUUCAGAAUAAUUUGUUGUCCCUUGCUUUGAUGUUUUUCAAGGAGAUGCAAAAGGUAGGUGGUGGAGUGAGCCAGUCGAUUUACGCUAGCAUCUUAAGGUCAUGCGCUGCAUUAUCUGAAUUGAGAUUAGGUGGUCAAUUACAUGCUCAUGCCUUGAAGUCAGAUUUUGCGGCAGAUGGUAUAGUGAGAACGGCGACACUGGAUAUGUAUGCAAAGUGUGAUAAUAUGCAAGAUGCUCAGAUUUUGUUUGACAAGUCAGAAAAUCUUAAUCGACAGUCUUAUAACGCAAUGAUCACUGGUUAUUCGCAGGAAGAACAUGGUUUCAAAGCUCUACUGUUGUUUCACCGGCUCAUGUCAUCGGGUCUUGGUUUUGACGAGAUAAGUUUAUCAGGAGUGUUCAGGGCUUGUGCCUUGGUGAAAGGUCUUUCACAGGGGCUUCAGCUUUACAGUUUGGCAGUAAAAAGCAACUUAUCACAAGAUGUUUGCGUUGCAAAUGCUGCUAUUGACAUGUAUGGGAAAUGCCAAGCUCUGGCUGAAGCCUUUCGUGUGUUCGAUGAGAUGAAAAGAAGAGAUGCUGUGUCUUGGAAUGCGAUCAUAGCAGCACAUGAGCAGAACGGAAAAGAAUGUGAAACGCUUUCUCUUUUCCUCUUAAUGCUCCGUUCUAGGAUACAACCUGAUGAGUUUACCUUUGGAAGCGUAUUGAAAGCUUGUGCUGGUGGUUCUUUGGGUUACGGUAUGGAGAUCCACUCCGCCGUUGUCAAAUCAGGAAUGGCUUCAAAUUCCUCUGUUGGGUGCUCUUUGAUCGAUAUGUAUUCAAAGUGUGGAAUGAUAGAAGAGGCGGAGAAGGUACAUAGUCGGUUGUUUCCGGGAACAAUGGAAGAGCUUGACAAGAAGAGACUGCAAGAAAUGUGUGUUUCAUGGAACUCAAUCAUUGCUGGGUAUGUAAUGAAGGAACAGAGCGAGGAUGCUCAGAUGCUUUUUACACAGAUGAUAGAGAUGGGCAUAACUCCUGACAAGUUUACUUAUGCAACGGUUCUUGAUACCUGUGCGAAUCUAGCUUCCGGUGGAUUAGGCAAACAGAUUCACGCUCAGGUCAUCAAGAAAGAAUUGCAAUCUGAUGUGUAUAUCUGCAGCACCCUCGUUGACAUGUACUCUAAAUGUGGAGAUCUCAAGGAUUCAAGAUUGAUGUUUGAGAAGUCCUCGAGAAGAGAUUUCGUGACCUGGAACGCCAUGAUUUGUGGGUAUGCGCAUCACGGAAAAGGAGAGGAAGCUAUGAAGCUGUUUGAGAGAAUGAUACACGAAAACAUGAAACCAAAUCACGUGACUUUCGUAUCGAUACUCCGAGCCUGUGCUCACAUGGGUCUAAUGGACAAAGGACUUGAAUACUUCGACAUGAUGAAGAGAGACUACGGCUUGGAUCCUCAGCUGCCGCAUUACUCGAACAUGGUGGAUAUCUUAGGAAAAUGUGGAAAAGUCAAGGAAGCGUUAAAGCUUAUACGAGAGAUGCCAUUCGAAGGAGACGAUGUUAUAUGGAGAACGUUGUUAGGAGUCUGCGCGAUACAUAGAAACAAUGUAGAGAUUGCAGAAGAAGCAACUGCGGCUCUGUUGAGAUUUGAUCCACAAGAUUCUUCAGCUUGUACUCUUCUAUCGAAUGUAUACGCAGAUGCAGAAAUGUGGGGAAAAGUUUCGGAUAUGAGGAGAAGUAUGAAAGGCUUUAAGCUUAAGAAGGAGCCUGGAUGCAGUUGGGUUGAGCUCAAAGAUGAACUUCACGUUUUUCUCGUUGGAGAUAAGGCUCAUCCUAGAUGGGAAGAGAUCUACGACGAGCUUUGUUUGAUUUCUAGUGAAAUGAAACCCUUUGGUGAUUCAUCUUUGGUGCAAAAGGUUGAAGAAGAAGAACAAGACCAAUGGUGCUACUGCUAAAUGUGUUUACACAGCCAAUGGAUGAGUUUGCGAGUUUGCCGCCUAUUAUCCCUAAUGGCCCCAUUGCAAUCUACGGCUUGGGUAGUUGAACAGCUGGCAAGAUUGGUUCUUGAGUUGUUGCUUUCUGUACAGCUUGAAGCUUGGGUGAUUGACGGAAUUGUAUGAAAGCUUACCAUAACACAAUCAGGAAUGCGGCUUUCUUUGCAAAAUGGUUUCUUGAGUUCACUGUGGUUUCUUGAUACUCUUGUUGGACAGUACCUGAUUGAGAAAGCAAAAGACUAUCUUGAGCCAUAUCUGAGCUAGAGAAACCAACAUCAAAAGGCGGUAGUCUUCGAUGAUGCUCUCAGGAUGUUUCGGGAAGAUAUGCUGGUGAAAUUUCCAGAUAAUGUCCCUAUUUGGCUGGAUCUAGCUAGCAGACUGAUGCCUAACGGCCACAUUAUGGUGAACUGUGCUGAAAUCGAAGAAGAGAAAGUCGCAGCAAACGGGAAACCCCAGUUGGUGUUAGAUGAUUCGGUGUGGAUGUUGAAUUCUACCAUCAAGAUCUUGUCAGAAGCAUUUCCUGGACAAGUUUAGCUGGAAGUGAACUCCAGAUUCACAAAUGAUUUAUUUGCUGGAAGAGAACUCUCUUUGGGAGCCUAGUCCUCAUUCAAUAUACAUAUAAUGAUUUAUGUUUGUUAGUAUAUAUAUGUAUGUGAGUGUCAUUGGCUGGAAGAGAACUCUCUAUGGGAGCCUAUUCCUCA